AUGGAGCGAUGCGUCUAUGAUGCUGGUGGAGUUGAGCUGCGCAACCUGACCAAUCUUAGACCGGAGUGUCUUACCGCCCGCCCCACAAACAGCGGAGUGGGGCGAUUCACACCUGGUCUUUCCGCCAAAUUCUGGCCCUACGACGUACGCCAGUCGUAUGAACCAGGCCCGUCUGACUCGCAUGUCUUGGCACCCAAGCAUGACAAUUUCGGAAGGGUCGUCAACAGAAGAGAUGGAGAUCUGAUACCAUUCUCUGAGCUCGAGGCAACAGUGGGAAUCUUUCGUCUUCCCUCCUCCCGACAGUAUUCACGCGACAACCUCAAACGUACUCAGCACUACAGGCCAGUCGGAUACUGGGCUCGGCCCUUGUCCGGCUUUAGCAACCGUGAGGAUAGCUAUACGUCAGGGUUCUGUAUGCUGGAGGGGCUUGGUGUCAUGGGCCCCACUCUUACUCGCUUAUAG